ACGCACACACACAAGUCUGUUUUUGUUGAAAAGCACAUAUGGAGACAGCGUUGUUUAUGAGGGAUUUCCUGGACAAGUGUGGUGGCUACGCCGUUAUAGACGGUGGCUUUGCGACGGAGCUUGAACGUCAUGGGGCAGACCUCCACGACCCGCUUUGGAGUGCCAAAUGCCUUAUUAGUUCUCCACAUCUUGUGCGACGGGUUCACCUAGAUUACCUUGAUGCAGGGGCAAACAUAAUAUUAACAGCAUCUUAUCAGGCUACACUUCAGGGUUUUGAAGCUAAAGGGUUCUCUAGGGAAGAAGGUGAAACUCUGCUUAGAAGAAGUGUGGAGCUUGCACUUGAGGCUCGAGAAAUUUACAAUGCUAGGUGUACUAAAGAUUCUUCUGACUUCAUAAGAGAUGAAAGAUAUAGGAGAAGGCCCAUUUUAGUUGCAGCAUCUGUGGGAAGCUAUGGUGCUUAUUUAGCUGAUGGAGCUGAAUAUACAGGGGAUUAUGGUGAUGCAGUCACUGUUCAGACACUGAAAGAUUUUCAUAGGGAAAGGGUAAAGAUUCUUGUGGAUGCAGGUGCUGACUUAAUUGCCUUUGAAACAAUUCCAAAUAAGAUGGAGGCAAAGGCUUUUGCUGAACUUCUUGAGGAAGAAGGCAUAGAAAUUCCUGCGUGGUUAUCUUUUAGUUGUAAGGAUGAAAGCAAUGUGGUUAGUGGUGAUUCUAUCUUUGAGUGUGCUCAAAUAGCUGAUUCAUGCAGACAAGUGGUUGCAGUUGGAGUAAACUGCACUGUUCCUAGAUUUAUUCAUGGAUUGAUUUCAUCCAUUACAAAGGCAACAAGUAAACCAGUACUUGUUUAUCCCAACAGUGGAGAGACUUAUAUUGCUCAGAGCAACCAAUGGGUGAAAUCAAGUGGGGUAGCAGAGAGGGAUUUUGUUCCUUAUAUAGACAAGUGGUGUGAUGCUGGAGCUUCACUUUUUGGUGGCUGCUGCAGGACUACUCCCAAUACUAUUAGAGGCAUAGCUGAGGCAAUAUAUGGAAAACCUCAAGGAAAAUAAAUUGUUGAAGUGUGUUGUGUAAAAUGGAAGAAAUGACUUAAUAUAUGGAUUAACUUUCUGCCUUUACUA